AUGGCCGUCUACCAUCUCCAGACCACGACCUUGCCUCCCAGUUCUUUGGGGGGCACUGAGGCUAAGUUUGGGGGUGCCAACUCGAGCUCGAUCGAGUUGGGUGUAAAAACCAGAAAAGUGGUCUUUUGGAGCAUUCUGGAGCAUAUGGGACAUGAGGAGCAUGGAGGGACUUGGCACAUGGACGCAGCUCAACUGGAUACGCAAAGGAAGAAGGGAGAAGCCAUCUUGAAGACCAGCUCGACCGUCUACUCGACCAACCGGUCGAGUUCCUCAACUCGACCGGCCAAGCUUCAACUCGAUCGAGCUGAGAAGUCAAAGUCAAACCCGAAAAAUGUUGCUUCCCCCUUGACUUUCCUUUGA